AUGGAAUCGGAGGAGGUCGUGAGACGUAUUGACUUUCGAUACACCACAGACGUUAUCACGCCCGAGGAGACCAUUGAGAUGCUCAAGGAAAGGCAAAAGGGCAAAGAGGCUCGCCCACAAGAAGCUCUCGAAAAUCGAGCAGUUCCCGCAUACACCACUUCUCCAGGAUGGCUGGCCUUCUCUGGAGACCGUAUGCGAGAUGUACUCGAAGAAACCAUCGCGGCAGAAUACACCACAUUCAAGUUCAAGGUUGGAACAAUGUUGAAGCUGAUCGGGAACGUCUGGUCGCAGUGA